AGUCGGAGUCUCCGAUUUGUCAAGUCCCGAAAAUCAGAACCAGAACUAGAAACCGGUUCGUAGUAUCAUGGAAUAGACGUGGAACCAAGGACAUAUAACAUCGAGCGAUAAGCGUUGAAAUCUAUAAUCUCACAAGGUUUUUGAGUAAUAAGAGAAGACAGACCAGACAAACCUCAAAAGGAAAAAGGAAGAAGAAAGAACAAAAACAUUUCUUCUCUUUAUCAUCGAUCCAAUCAUGAAAUCAUCUUCAAUGGCUUUUAGGGUUUUUCUUCUUGCUGUUCUUCUUCUCGCUUCACCAUUCCUAUCAGGUGUGAGGUGUCAAGCUGAUUCAGAAGCUGAUUUGGAUGAUGUUGUGGCUGAUGUUAUCAAAGGACAUGAGGAAGCUGAAACUGUUGAUGAAGAUAUUCCUGAUUUCAGGAGUUGGGCUUCAGCUCCAGGAGUUGAUACUGUCUGUAUCUUCCCUAAGAAUUUUGCCAAACUUAUUCUAGCUGGUGAAGAGAGUGAAGUACUAGUUGGGUUGAAGAAUGAGGGUGAAUCAAAACUGACUGUCAUUGCCCUUAGAGCUAGUCUGCAUCUUCCCUUCGAUCAUAAUCUGCUGGUGCAAAAUCUCACUGUUCAGCAAUUUUACAACGGUUCUGUACCAGUUUCAGCUCAGGCUACCUUCCCCUACCUUUUCUCUGUUAGCAAGUACUUGCAGCCUGGAACAUUUGACCUUGUAGGAACCAUCAUGUACGAGAUUAAUCAGAAACCCUACCAGAGCACUUUCUACAACGGCACUGUUGAAGUUGUUGAGGCUGGUGGCCUUCUCAGCAUCGAGUCUGUUUUCCUCAUCUGCCUUGGACUUGGUCUUCUCGCUCUUUCUGGUUUGUGGGUUUAUGGUCAAAUACAAAACUUCAGCAAGAAAACAAAGAGGGCACCGAAGGUGGAAGUUGGAACAGGCACUAGAGAUGCAUCCAUGGACGAAUGGUUGGAGGGAACUGCUUAUGCUCAGUCCAGCAAGGCAACAAAAAAGAAGAAGUGAAGACAUUGCAGCUUUAUAUUUCUUUAGCAAGAGAUAGGGGGAGAGAGAGAGAGACACGAACUAACUUACAGGGAAUGUGGUAGAGCAGUGUUGAAUAGAGGCUCCUCCCCCCUGGCCUUUUUUUUUAUUCUGUAGCAUGUAGAGGAAAUUCCUGUUUUUUGUUUUUAAUUGGAGUUUUAACAGAAUUGGGGUAACUUUUAUAGAGAAGUUAAAGCAGAAAAAAGAAGGUACAAUUUUGUUUAA